AUGGAACAGGUAUAUGCAGAAGGGAGAUCUGGGGGUUUGGUAAGUCUGUGGAACCCCUCAGUUUUUCAAAUGGAUAGGGUAUUAAAACAGAGACACUUUCUGGUGGUUUCUGGUAUUAUGGUGGCAACAGGUGAACGGGUGCAUAUAGCUAAUAUCUAUGCACCGAAUGACCCGAUAAGUAGAAGAGGGCUAUGGGCUGAUUUGAUCCAAGCUAUAGACACUAAUUCGGGGAUGUGGCUAUUGAUGGGGGAUUUCAACGAUGUGCGAUCACAAGAUGAAAUAAUGAAUUCGGAAUUUGUGGAGUUAAACGCGUGGCACUUCAACUCGUUUAUUCAAAUUACAGAUCUACAUGAGUAUAACAUGGGGGGACAUAAAUUUACCUAUAUGUCAGAUUCAGGAGUAAAACUGAGUAAAUUAGACAGGUUUUUGGUCAGCAAAAGCUUCAAAGAUCGGUGGCUGUUAGCUGCGACUACUGCACUGACCAGAUACACGUCAGAUCACUGUCCAAUCGUUUUAUCCACAGUACCCACGGACUUUGGACAUGUUCCAUUUAGGUUUUUUAAUACUUGGUUGGACUUAAACGGGUUUCAAGACUUUGUUAUGAUGAAGUGCAGCUCUUUUAGCUUCAAUGGUCCAGCGGACUUGGCAUUGGCAACCAAGCUAAAAUUCCUCAAGAAUAAUAUUAAACAGUGGGUGGCCGAUGAGAAAGAGAAAAGAGAAGGUGUGACUAAUGCUUUGAAGGAGGAGUUGAAAAGGUUAGAUGAAACUGCAGACAACCGGCCUCUACUUCCUGUGGAACUACAGAAAAGAAUUGAAUGUAAAAAUUCUAUCUCAGAAUUGGAUAGAAUAAGGCUACUAGAUAUUAAACAAAAAUCCAGAAUAAAGUGGGCAUUCGAAGGGGAUGAAAACUCUGCUUAUUUUCAUGGUGUGAUUAACGCAAAUAUAUCUAACAACAGAAUUAAUGGGAUUAUGGUGGAUGGAGAGUGGCUGACUUCUCCAACAGUUAUCAAAGACAUGGCAGUGGGUUUUUUUCUUUAG